UCAACAAAAAUAAUGCCAUCAACUAAAAAUAGCAACAAAAAUGCCAGCCUUCCCCAAAUAUCCAUUUUUCUCCUUAUUUUAAAUUUUUUAAUUUUUUCCUCUAUUUUUCCCCUUCUAAAAGCUAAUAGACAAACAAAAAUGGCAGAUUGGCUUUCCAACAAAAAUGUUUUUAAUAAUGAGGAAGCUGAUAAUGUUGAGGAACAGCCUUCUAACCCUUCCACCAAUUCUUUUAUCGAAGACUUUAUUAAACCCAUUAUUGGCCCCAUUCGUUCCGCUGCAAUCCCUUCACGUCCAAAUAUUCUUGUUUUGAUGGUGGACGAUUUAGGCUAUGGGGACCUACAAAGUUAUGGCAAUCCAACACAAGAAUGGACACCUGUGGAUGAUUUGAUGGCCGAGGGUGUAAGGUUCACUAAUGCUUAUGCAGCUGAUUCUAUGUGUAGUCCGAGUAGAGCUGGGUUUAUGACUGGCCGUCUCCCCAUCCGUCUAGGCAUUGUUGGCGGCAACCGUGUAUUCCUAGUAACAGAUACUGGAGGCCUUCCUCGAGACGAACCAACAAUGGCUGAAAUGUUAAAAUUAAAUGGAUACCAGACGGGAAUGGUUGGAAAAUGGCAUUUGGGGAUUAAUGCUUUUAAUUAUUCUGAUGGUACUUAUUUACCUGGAAGGAGAGGAUUUGACUUUGUUGGAUUAAAUUUGCCUUUUACAAACAACUGGGAGUGUGACGAAACUAAAGAUUAUUUUACUAGUGGGCCUAACCCGUUGAAAUGUUUUUUGUACAGUGGAGAUAAGAUUGUCCAACAACCAAUAAAAUUUGAAAAUUUAACGGAAGAUCUACUCACCGACUGGCGCCGAUUUCUCUCAGAACGAGCAUUAGCUGAUCCAACACACCCAUUCUUUUUCUAUUUUUCUUACCCCCACGUUCACUCAACACAAUUUGCUAAUCACCAAUUUAAAGGAAAAUCUGAGAGGGGCCUUUUCGGCGACAAUUUGAAUGAAAUGGCCUGGUCAGUGGGAGAGAUUAUUAGCGACCUUCGCAAGUAUGGACUUGAUAGAAACACCCUUGUAGUCUUCAUGUCUGACCACGGACCCCAUCAGGAGCUUUGUAAUAAUGGGGGGUCUACUGCUGGGCUGAAAGGGGGAAAGUCUAAUAGCUAUGAGGGGGGAUUCAGAAUUCCUUUUGCUACCUGGAUGCCUGGAACAGUAAGACAAGGCGUUGUUUCAAACGAAGUUGUUUCUUCACUAGAUUUAUUUACUACGUUUGAACAAGUUGCAACUUCCGGAAGGAGUGUGAAGAAAUCCGCCUAUUUGUCUGACGAUUCGUUUGAUGCCGAUAACGACGAAUAUUACACCCCUAAACGAAAAACUGACGGAAUUAAUAUUUGGCCAGAAUUGCUCGGAUUCUCAGCAACUUCCUCCAACGAAAAUCAAAAAACUUCAAACGAUGUGCGUACACACAUGCAUGGAUUGGCUCUAAAAGGAUUACCACCACUUAGCGAAAGACGCCCAAUAUUUUUUUAUUGCAAUAAAAAUUUAAUGGCUAUACGUUGGGGAAAUUAUAAAGUUCAUUAUAUGACAUCGCCAAUCUUCAAAAAUUUUACUAAAGACCCUAACUUGGAGGAAUUCUGUCCUGAUGGAAAGCCGAGGGCUGAUUGGUAUGUCAGCCAAACCUGCCCAGAAAGCCAAUUAAUUCGUCACGAUCCUCCACUUGUUCACGAUUUAUAUCGCGAUCCUUACGAACUCUACCCGCUUGUGGAUACAGGAGAUAAAGGAGUUGUGGCACGUGUUUUAGCUAAAGUUGGACGUAUUUUGGUGGAACAUUUGGAUUCUAUUGUUGAUGUACCUCCACAAUUGGGGCAUUUUUCAAAAGCUGUCAAUCCGUGUUGCAAUCCCCCACUUUGCAAAUGCAACUUAUUAAGCUCUUCAGCUAACCGUGAAGGUAUAGACGAUUUAUUCGAAGAAGACGAUUUCUAA